UCUCCUAGGUCUACCCCUACCUCUCUUUCCUUCAAUUUUACCUUCUAUGAUGUUUUUUUUUAUAAACGAAUCGUUUUGUAUCACGUAGCCAAUCAUAUUUCCUCUCCGGUUCUCUAUAUUCUUUAUUAUGGUUCUUUUUUCUUCUACUCUUUCCAGUACUUUUUCAUUUUACAUAAGUAAGUAACGUUUAUUUACCUACCUAUCCUACCCAUUACCACACCCCGCACAUUCCAUGCCGACGAAUUGAGGACCUCCUUCUUUUUUUGAAGUCAGUUAAUAAAAAUAGUGUGUCAGUUAAUAGUGUGUCAGAAUUGAAGCAAAUGGAAUUAUAUUGUCUCUGCUUACCCCGGUCGGAAAUAGGCGUGAGUUUAUGUAUGUAUGUAUGUUAAUAAAAAUAAAAACCAAUCUGAAGAACUUCUCCUUGAUCUUGGCAACCUCCUGGUUGAUGCUCUUGGGUUCCUUCCCAGUAUCUUGUACGCCAGGUUGGGCCGGUUGAAACUACUCGGGAACCAUUUACACUGCAUUACCUGCGGGCUUAGCACCGUAAGCGCGCGACUCUUUCUCGCCUCGACGUCACCCGUCACUCUCUCACAGUACUGCACAGAAAGAGACAGAUGGUCUCUGUCGCGGCGAGAAAGCGUCGCGUGCUUACGGUGCUAGGCUCGCUGGUUACAAAAUGUAUUACUUACCUAGUUCUUAAAGAAAAAUAUAAAAACUUACUGGCAAUAGCUCGGUGGCGCAGCGGUAAACGCGCUCGUCUGCGAUUGUUGAAGUUUAGCAACUUUCGCAAAGGCCGGUCAUAGGAUGGGUGACCACAAAAAAAAGUUUUAAUCUCGAGCUCCACCGUGCUUCGGAAGGCACGUUAAGCCGUUGGUCCCGGCUGCAUUAGCAGUCGUUAAUAACCACCAAUCCGCACUGGGCCCGCGUGGUGGUUUAAGGCCCGAUCUCCCUAUCCAUCCAUAGGGAAGGCCCGUGCGCCAGCAGUGGGGACGUUAAUGGGCUGGUGAUGAUGACUGGCAAUAUAUGCGGAAUACAGCAAUAAAACGCACACUUUUUGCCUUAUCCUCUCUAACCCUGACAUGCCACCCUAGCCUAGCCUUUCUUAUUUUUUAAAACUGCCUUACUCCCAUUCAUUAACCAUCCUUCUUAUUUUAUUUUUUUGUAGGUAAGUGUAUUGGAGACUAGAGCCCUAUCACUUUGAAGGGUUAUUUACUCUGGUGUUAUAAUAAAACGAUACGGACUCUAAAACUGGUAAUUACUUAUUGUUUUUAUGAGAAUAAUAGAAAAAGGGUGUUGUCAACUGUACCGCCGAGAUCGUCGCAGUAUCCUCGUAGCGAGGAGCGCGCAGAUCCGUUGCUGUAAUCUUGUAAAGGCGCGCAGGCGCGUUGCGCCUCUUAUACCGCUCGUAAGUCCGGGUGGGUUUAAAUGUCACAACCAGUAAGUACCAAGGGUUCGAACCAACGCUUCCCGUUUGGGAUGCAAGCCCGUGUACCUACUACAUGGCCACAUCUGAUAAACAGAUAAGUAACAUGUCAAACAUAAAUAUUUUGUUCGUAAGAAAUUUAAUCUUAUCAUCCUAUUGUUUACAGGUCAUAAAAUAAAGUUUAUCUGUAUUUGUUUAAAAAUAACGAAAUUACUUACAUAACUCUUGAUGUUACAUUUGAUUUAAAGUAGUGUACGAUUGUAUAUUGGAAGUGAAAGAUGGCGGAAAAUUUCGCAGCUGUGAUUCAUGGGCCCAAUGACGUCAGAAUUGAAAAAUGGCCGAUGCCUCAAAUGAACGAAGACGAGGUGCUAAUAAAGAUGUCCUGCGUGGGAAUCUGCGGGUCGGACGUGAAAAUCUACACGACGGGCCGUUGCGGUCAUGACGUCAUCACAGAACCGUUCGUCAUGGGACACGAGGGGGCUGGCACUGUUGUUAAGGUUGGCGAAAACGUGACGAACCUAAAAGUAGGCCACCGUGUAGCCAUAGAGCCGACGCAGCCGUGCCGCCGUUGCGAGUACUGCAAACAGGGUAGAUACAACCUGUGUGUGAAGCCUCACUACUGCUCGUCCAUGGGCGCGCCGGGGAACCUCUGUCACUACUACACCCAUGUCGCUGACUUCUGUCACAAGAUACCAGAAAACCUGAGCAUGGAAGAAGGCGCAGCCGUGCAGCCGCUAGCGAUCGCGAUGCACGCGUGCAACCGCGCCGGGAUCAGAGUUGGUGCCAACAUUGCCAUCCUGGGAGGCGGGCCCAUCGGCGUGCUUUGUGCCAUGACUGCUAAGGCUAUGGGGGCUAGCAAGAUUCUUAUUACCGACGUGGUCCAAUCCCGGCUGGACACAGCCAAGCAGCUGGCAGCAGACCACACUCUACUGCUGAAAAAGGACUCUUCCGAUGAGGAAGUGGUGGAUCAGAUAGUAGGCGCGCUGGGCUGCCGGCCUGACGUCACGUUUGACGCAUGUGGGUAUGCGUCUGCGCAGAGGAUCGCUAUGCUGGUGACAAAAACAGCGGGAGUGGUGUUAGUGGUGGGGAUAGCUGAUGCUGUGGUCGAGGUGCCGCUGUCGCAAGCGUUACUACGGGAAGUCGACAUUAGGGGUUCCUAUAGGAUCGUCAACACGUAUCCAGCGGCGCUGGCGGCAGUAUCAAGCGGCGCCAUCGCCCUCAAGUCGUUCAUCACGCACCACUUCAACAUACAACACACGCGGGAAGCACUUGCGCUUGCGCACAGCGGCGACGCCAUGAAGAUCAUUAUACAUGUAGACAAAUGAUAUGAAUAUAAGCCCUGUCACUUCAA